CCGAUUGAUGCCGUUAGUCGAAAAAUUUAAUUUGUUGUUAUCGUGAGCUCCGAAUUUGAUUUCAGCUUCUCAGUAGUUAAAUUUAGCAUAGACGUUUUUCGUUGAUUGUUUGUUACGUACUUCAGCUUUCAACGUAUCGCAAUGGCUCGAACAAAGCAGACCGCUCGUAAGUCGACCGGAGGCAAAGCUCCGCGCAAGCAGUUGGCCACCAAAGCUGCUCGCAAAUCCGCGCCAGCCACCGGAGGUGUGAAGAAGCCCCAUCGCUAUCGUCCUGGCACCGUGGCCCUCCGAGAAAUCCGUCGGUACCAGAAGUCCACGGAACUGCUGAUCCGUAAACUGCCGUUCCAGCGCCUGGUCCGUGAAAUCGCGCAGGACUUUAAAACCGAUCUCCGAUUCCAGUCUUCGGCUGUCAUGGCUCUGCAGGAAGCAGCGGAGGCUUAUCUCGUGGGUCUGUUCGAAGACACCAACUUGUGCGCCAUCCAUGCCAAACGAGUGACCAUCAUGCCAAAGGACAUUCAGCUGGCCCGCCGAAUCCGAGGAGAACGUGCCUAAUCGGUUUUACUUUUCGCUAGUUUGUAACAGGAAUGUGAUGGCUUUAACCUUGGAAGUUUUUGCGAUGAAUGAGUACUCUGGCGAUUGUUAUCGUUUUUCAGUUGGCAGUUGUUGUUAGUAAAACGUAUCUUUUCAGCUUCUAUUGUUCUUGCCAUACAUUUCAUUUGUAGAUAUUUUUUCUUUGGUGUAAACCCAAAUAUGAGAUUUUUCAUGAUUGCUUUUACUGCGGAGUCGUGCAGCGUUGCAAAAAGCAAGAAUAAAUCAGAAUGAUGACAGAA